CAAACUAAUUCCAACGAAGCGUGCAAACUUCUUGACCAAGUAGAAAGCAUAUUUUUUCGUGUGUUUGCAGAGAAAUGGCUAAAGGAAGAAAGUUUGCGCCCUCGACUAAGACUGGCAAACAUUGGUUUUGCGUAAGACCGUGGGCGGAAAAGUUGGAUAAACCUCGAUCCAACACUUUACCAUCUGUUUCCCAGCCAAAAGGAUUGCCAUCCACAGCUAGCGAGAUUUGCCGAGGUGGAUUUCCUUUUUCAAGACACGACAACCGCAAUGCAUUUCAAAGUCAUGGAAUCAGUUUUUUUGAAAAUGUUUCCGGGAAGAAAAUGCUACCAGCCUUGAAAUACAAGUGUUCCGGAGACGGCUUGCUGCCUUCGCUGAUGACGGAGACGCCAAGAUCUUGCUACACUGCCUCGUACGGUAAACCAAGACCAAAAACGCCUCUAAAACAUGUUAGAUACCCGCACGAACACACGGUUAGAUCCAGCGACGCUCAAAGACGAUAUGAUCCAAAAAAGUCGACUAUUUUGACCUCGUUCGGGGCCCCUUACACAACCCCAUUGCACGUUCUUGCUAUCACACAGGAACCCUUCCUUAGAGCAAACACCUGGGUCUAUUCACACAAGCCCAAAGUAUACAAUAGAUUAUUGGGACCCUGAUUCUUGAAACUGAAAUAAAAUUUUGUAUUACUCAGA